AGGAUGAAUCCUCCGAAAGAGGCCUACUAUCGGCACGGGAAUAGGUGGACUAAGAAUAAACCAUUGGAACGAAUGAACCAGAAUCGGCAUCGGCAUCGGCAUCGGCGAGAGCCAGGGCAAUUAUGGCAUGGUUAUCACCAUCUGGAUCUCAUGCGAUCAAAUCUGGGCUGUCCUGUCAAUCUGGGCCAGAACCUAGAACGUGACUAGAAACGACAUGGGCAUGUGCAUUUUGGGGUAAGCAUGAGAGCCUCGUGAGUGGUUGAAUGACCAUCAUAUCAUGGCAAACCCUGGUGUUAUUCGCAAUCCAGGCUCACGAAUGCAACCACUUGCUCUUCGCCGUUCCCCGGAAACAGCGCAGGUCAUUGCUUCAUUUGGGAUCCUUCAGAAUCAGUCGAUAACGACGAAGUGUUGACGGGAGAAACAGGGUGUUGGUAAGGGUGUACCCAUUGACCAAUCGCCAGCGUCACCGGUCCCCGCCGACCAAAUCAGAAUCGCACCACAACCGCCCUCGACGCCUUAGAAAUCGUGCCAUGCACCUCUGGGCUGUUGUGCUGACUGAUGGUUUACCGUGAACAAUGAUUGGCCAGCUGUCAAAACACCCUCUAAUACCCCAGGAUCCAGGUCUCUACAGUGGCAUGAUGGUUGCCAAACCAGAUGAAAUCUGACCACAAUGGAUGUACCCGGCUGCACGGGUUCUGGGAGAUCGCCGUUUGAAGGAAUCCUUGACUAAAUUUGUGAUCUUUAGUGAAAAAUGAUCGGCAUCGCAACUCUGUAUAAGAGGAUGCCAUCUACCGUUCCCAAAGAUAGUCUCUUCUCUCAUCAUCAGCAGCAUCUAAAGCAUCAACAGAGCAAUCACAACUCUCCACUCAACAAACAUCUUCACCACUCAGUUCAAUUCCUUGGGUAUAUUACUACUGUGUUUUCUCCAAGGAUAACUUGAAAUCGAUUCACCUCAAAAAAAAGAAAAAAACUCAACUCAACUCAACUCCCCUAAACUCAAUCACCAUGUCUCCCAUCGUUGUUCGAUCUGCCGCCCGCGCUGUUCAGCGCCGCCAAUUCUCUCUCCUCACUGCUAUGCGAAACGCUGGUCGAGCCAUGGAGUCUCACCCAUUCGAGCGUCUUCCCAUCACUCAACAGCCUGCUAAGCCCGACUACGCCAAGAUGUUCAAGCGAGUUGGAAGCCAAGCUCUCUUCUUCUUCCCUGGCUUCGCUGUCAUCCUCGGCUGGCCCCUCGCUGCCCAGUAUGCCUUCGACGGCAGACUGUAAGAGAUAUACAGAAUAUUCCAAUCUCUUGGAUAAACAUCGACCGAGCAAGACUCGACGGUACCACUACUCGAUAUUGGGAUCAACUAGAUUGUGACGAUGCACAGUCACUUGUACAUAGCAUGGAAAGGCGUUGCGGUGCAUUCCAGGAAGGGUGCUUAAAGCAACCCAUCUACGACUACAUAUGAUAAAUUUCUAGAACUAUAUAAUCCCAAAUGUUGUAACUUCAAA